AUGCGUCCAGAAGGUCCUUCACAGCGAGAGACUGAACCUGUAGCUUCGAAGCCUUAUGGCGGCAUUGGCCGCUUCGCGCAUGCGUCCGCUGCUGCUCGUUGCAACGACUACAGAAUUCCGGUAGGACUGUGGCUACUUGGCUGCACGGGAUGGGUGUUUGCUAUGGUGGUUUGGGGGGGCCUGACGCGUCUCACAGAGAGCGGCCUCUCCAUGACGAAUUGGCGUUUUGCUGGUACUGCAUGGCCUGCCUCUGAAGAGGCUUGGACUGAGGAGUUUGAGGCCUACAAGGAAACCCCAGAGUAUUUGCAGUUGAACUACGGAAUGACGCUGUCGGAUUACAAGAGGAUAUACUUCUAUGAAUGGGCUCAUCGGUGGCUUGGCAGGGGCCUUGGCCUCGUAUUUGUUGCAGGAUCUGCUGCAUGCCUUGCUGCCAAGGCAAUUCACAAACCCCUUGGCUUGAGACUCGCAGUGUACGGCCUGCUGGGGGGUAUCCAGGGUCUUGUGGGCUGGUGGAUGGUUCGCUCGGGCUUUGAAGAACCGAAAACGGAAGUCAAAACUCCUCGCGUGUCACCCUACCGAUUGGCCUUCCACUUGAUGAUGGCCGCUACGCUGUACACCUUGCUGCUGUGGCAGUCCUUGGCUGUGCUGCUGCCUUCUCCCCCCAAGGCAGCCAUCACAGCAGCGGCAGCGGCGGCAGCGAAGGUGGCGGGAAGAGAGGCGCAUGCAUUCGCUGCCCUCGCGGGGACUACCUUCUUCUCCGGAGCUCUUGUUGCUGGGAAUGAUGCUGGCCGAUGCUGCAACACCUGGCCAACUAUGAAUGACAAAUGGGUGCCUACCGAGGUGUACGCUAAGCCCUUCAAUUGGAGGCGCUUCUUUGAAAACCCCGAAACCGUGCAGUUCGAUCACAGGUUGCUCGCGUACUUGACGUUUUUGUCCUCCUUCGCCCUCUUCUUCAGGCAUAAGGACAAACCUUUCCCCGCCCCCAUCAAAACGGCACUGCGGUUUCUGCCGAUGAUGACCUCCUUACAAUUGCUCUUGGGAAUACUUACAGUGCUGUACUACGUCCCCACAGAACUGGGAGUUCUGCACCAAGCUCAGGGGUUGCUGACGCUGAGCAGCGCAAUUUACCUAAUGCACCUUCUCUCUCGUUUGAAGCUCAAAGUCUGA